UAUAUUCUAUUAUGGAUGAGAGAACAAGGCUUUGCAAAAUUUACUUUGAUUUGGGUCUAAGCUACAGUCACAUUUUGGCUAUGCUGUCUCAUAUUCACAGUAUUGUCUUGAGCAUGAGUACGCUGAAGAGGACUCUACGUAAGGCACGUCUGUACAGAAGAAAAAAUCACGUGGAUAUACUGGAAGUUGCCCUUCUUAUUGAGGAAAAGAUAAAUUCUUGUGGAGGGCAGUACUGGUAUCGAUGGAUGCAUCUCCACUGUCGUCAUCAAGGACUGAAUGUACCACGUGACGUCGUGCAGAAUUUGAUGAAAAUCAUAGACCCUAUUGGAGUUGAACUACGUUUAUCACGACGAUUGAGAAGAAGACAGUAUAACGGAAAAGGUCCGGAUUUUCUAUGGCAUGUUGACUCUUAUGACAAGCUAAAACGAUAUGGUCUCUGUGUCAAUGGCUGCAUCGACGGAUUUUCAAGAUGUAUCAUGUGGCUCAAUGUGUUUACCACAAGUAGUGAUCCGAAGGUUAUUUCAGGUUACUACAUCGAAACGGUCCGCUCAAAAGGAGGCUUCCCCUGCUUUAUUAGGGGCGACAGGGGAACCGAAAAUGCUAACGUUGCUCAAAUGCAAGAAUUUCUUUCGGAAAGAAGGUCAUUUAUCUACGGACGAAGUACUGCCAACCAAAGAAUAGAAAUGUUUUGGAACUUUUUGCGAAAACAGUGCUGUCAGUUUUGGAUGGAUUCAUUAAGUUGUCUUGUUGAGGAAGGACUUUUCGAUGGAUACUUCUUAGAUAGAAAUCUUGUGCAGUUCUGUUUCCUUCGGCUGCUUCAAGCAGACCUUGACGAAAUGGCGAAGACUUGGAACGCGCAUCACAUCAGACCAACUAAAAAUCAAAACUGUCCUCAUGGACGGCCGUUAGUGAUGUAUUCACUUCCACACAUGUACAACACUACCCGCUACUUGCAGAAUCUCGAUGAACGGAAAGCUGAUGCAUGUGCAGAGGAGUGCGUCUUCCGGGGAAAUGCAAACUGCGAUAUACAAAUCGAUGAACUCUGUCGAAUCUAUAUGAUUGAAAAAGACUGGCAAUUUCCAUGUAAUUUACUCGAAGGCAUUUCGCUAUACAGGAAUUUAAGAAAUGCAUUUCAAAACGAUCUUGACUUGUUUUGAAUGGGGACAUUUUCAUUCACCCAAUUUGAAAAGUGACUUGAAUAUCAAAGAUUAUAUUUAAUCCGAUAAUUUAGAAUGUUGGAUGACUACUACAAUGAUAAAAAAAGUUUGUGUGUUUUCGAAUACAUGCAUUUUCAUACAUAUAAAUCAGCAUGUUUUUUGCCUUGGAGUACUUUGAUAACAUUUACCAUUAGGAUCGUGAGCGUUCUUUUCAUACAAAUUUUAAAGAAUCUCAUAUGAAAUUGACACAAAUUUAAGAUACGUUUAAUCAUAUAUAUAAAACAAUCUGCAUUUUAGCAUUUUACGACAAAACGUGUUCAAAUCGGUCUGCGAUCGCCAAUUCCUAAAAUUUUCCUCAUCAUGACGUCAAUACAUUUCAGGAAAAUAGCAUGAAUCGUGCUAGUUAGUUUUAAUUUAUUUCCAUGUAAUGUAUUGAGUAUUGUGAUUGCCUAUACAUCGGAACAGCUCUUGAAUGUUGAAUUGGCAGAAUGGCUCCAAGUAUAUGCUUCUUUUCCAGUGACGCAAUAUUUCCACGUGCAUUCUCCUGUGAUAGAGACUUUGCAAUAUAGUCCAUGGGAAGCAGGUAGUGUAAAAGAGAUUUUAUAAUAAAUCAGUUGGAACAUG